AUGGGCAAGUUCCGGAAGCUCGGGCGCCACGCCGCGCACCGCGUAUCCAUGCUCAGGACGAUGGUGUCGCAGCUGGUGAAGCACGAGCGGAUCGAGACCACCGUCGCCAAGGCCAAGGAGGUGCGGCGCAAGGCGGAUCAGAUGGUGCAGCUCGGCAAAGAUGGUACACUGGAUGCAGCAAGACGUGCUUCUGCUUUUGUUCGCGGAGAUGAUGUUGUCCAUAAGCUAUUCACAGAGCUGGCCUACCGCUAUAAAGAUCGAGCAGGCGGAUAUACGAGACUUUUGCGAACUAGGAUACGAAUAGGUGAUGCUGCACCAAUGGCAUACAUUGAGUUUGUGGACAGAGAGAACGAACUCCGAGAGGCCAAACCUGCAACGCCACCGCCACCUCAGCGAGUUCCACUUGAUCCAUGGGCCAAGUCUCGAGCUAGCCAACAGUGGGCCGGACCUAAAGUUACCGUGAACUCCAAAUCAGAAGGCUUAUGA